GGCGGAGGGAGCGGUGGGGCCGCGAGGGGGCGGGGAGGGGGCGCAGAGGGGAGCCUCCGGAGCGCGAGCCGCGGCCAGUGCCGCUGCAGAGCCGAGCGAAUCCCGAGCCCCGGCAGCAGGGCACCAUAUUUGUAUGUCUUGGAACACACACUUGGAAAUGCUGACGGCAGGCUUCACGACAGCUGAGCCCCACUAGAUGCCAAGAAAACCUAAGGCUCUGGUUGCAUCUUUCAACAUGACCAAUCCACAGCCUGCCAUAGAAGGAGGAAUUUCCGAAGUUGAGAUCAUCUCCCAACAAGUAGACGAAGAAACCAAGAGCAUUGCUCCAGUGCAGCUGGUGAACUUAGCCUAUCGGGAAUUGCCCCUGGCUGCAGUUGACCUCUCCACAGCAGGCUCACAGCUCUUGUCAAAUCUGGAUGAAGAUUACCAAAGAGAAGGGUCUACUUGGCUGAAGCCGUGCUGUGGGAAGAGAGCAGCCGUGUGGCAGGUAUUUUUGCUCAGUGCAAGUCUCAACAGUUUCCUGGUAGCCUGUGUAAUAUUGGUGGUGAUUCUCCUGACUCUGGAACUUCUAAUAGAUAUAAAGCUUCUCCAGUUUUCCAGUGCAUUCCAGUUUGCUGGUGUAAUUCACUGGAUCAGUCUGGUCAUCCUCUCUGUGUUCUUCUCAGAGACUGUUCUAAGGAUUGUGGUGCUUGGGAUCUGGGAUUACAUCGAAAACAAAAUAGAGGUAUUCGAUGGGGCUGUGAUCAUCCUGUCCUUGGCCCCGAUGGUGGCAUCCACCGUGGCCAAUGGGCCCAGGAGCCCCUGGGACGCCAUCAGCCUCAUCAUCAUGCUCCGAAUCUGGCGGGUAAAGAGGGUGAUUGAUGCUUACGUCCUGCCUGUGAAGGUGGAGAUGGAGAUGGUCAUCCAGCAGUACGAGAAGGCCAAGGUCAUCCAAGAUGAGCAGCUGGAGAGACUGACGCAGAUCUGUCAGGAGCAAGGGUUUGAGAUCCGACAGCUGCGGGCGCACCUGGCACAGCAGGACCUGGACCUGGCAGCGGAGCGUGAGGCAGCGCUGCAGGUCCCUCACGUGCUCAGCCAGCCACGCAGCCGCUACAAGGUGCUGGAGGCCGGCACGUGGGCAGAGGAGACGGCGGCCGAGAGCGUCGUGGAGGAGCUGCAGCCUUCGCAAGAAGCCGUGGUUAAAGAUGACAUGAACAGCUACAUCAGUCAGUACUACAAUGGGCCCAGCAGUGACAGUGGUGUCCCAGAGCCAGCGGUGUGCGUGGUCACCACAGCUGCCAUAGACAUUCACCAGCCCAACAUCUCCUCUGACCUCUUCUCCGUUGACGUGCCCCUGAAGCUCAGCAGCAAUGGUACCUGCGCCAGUGCCACCUCUGAAAACAUUUCCCGCUCUACUUGUAGCUCUGUCACCUGGGCCCAGAGUGACAGCAGCCAGACAUUGGGCUCCUCCACAGACUGCAGCACUACCCGAGAGGAGCCAUCCUCCAAGCCCAGCCCCUCUCCCCUGCCACUGCUGCCACCACCCCAGCAGCAGAUGGUGGAGGCCACAGUCCAGGACCUGCUAUCCUCCCUGUCGGAGGACCCCUGCCCAUCCCAGAGGGCCUUGGACCCAGCCCCUGUCUCCUGGCCCAGCCCAGUGGGCUCAGCCCAAACCAGCCCUGAGCUGGAGCACAGGGUAAGUCUAUUCAACCAGAAGAAUCAGGAGGGCUUUACUGUCUUUCAGAUCAAGCCUGUCAUCCACUUCCAGCCUGCUGUGCCCAUGCUGGAGGAGAAAUUCAGAUCUUUGGAAUCCAAAGAGCAGAAGUUGCACAGGGUCCCUGAAACCUAAAGCCUCCAGGCAGGCUGGGUAGGAGGAGGGCAGACAGCCAUCUCGAAGCUCUCCCGGUGCCCCAGAGGCCAACAAGGGCCACACUUGGGCCCCAGGAGCCCACCUGGCCUCCCUCAGGGUGCUGCCUGCCUCCAGGGAGGUGACACUAGGCCAAGAGGCCACAUGCCUCAGACCUCAAAGCCCAGAGCUGGUGCCUCCUCUGACCCUGUUCGGGGGAGGGUGGUGCUCGUGGCUGGGGUUUUUUAAUCAUUUUUAUAAAAACCAGCUUGUGGCCCAGCUUUAGCAGGGUAGAGCGCAGGGGCCAGCUCAGCCUCUUCCGUUGCCUUCGUUCCUGACGCCCACCCCGGACCCUAGGGAACAGCACUGUGAGCAGGGGCUCCAGCCUUCCCCCACCCCCCAAGCUGUCUUUUCCAGGAAUCCUGGGUGGAGCCAACACAACCACACAAAGACCACCAUCUGAGCCUGUUUCAUUCUCAUUCUCUGAUUUCAGCAUGAGCUUUUCUGAGUCUUUUCAAGAUAAAUAGUUUUCACCUUCACAGGACA